AUGUUGAUGCAGAAUCUGGAAGAUUUUGAAGAUGCUGACGAACCAGUCGCUGUGCUAACAGAAGGGCUUUACCGACGUGACUCGACUGAGUAUAACGACGAGAACCAAUGGGAUCUCGUCGGAAAUGGAGGAGCAACUACAAGAUCAGGCACUUUGAGGAGGAACGGUGUGAUAAUGUUUAAUUACACACAAGCAUCUCUAGCCAUUGGCCCUAACCGAUUCUACAAGAGAACGAUAAGGAGGAYGGGCGCUUGGCAACUCUAUACGCUAGUUCACUAUACCACAGCAGCAAUAAACGGAGAGAGACCGCAAUUUACCUGUCUGAUGCAAACAGCAACUCUUGAACAAAUCAUGGCUUUGUAA